UUCGCGCCAUACAAAAAUGAUUUGACUUUACUAAGCAGUUCAUUUAGUCCAGUAUUUUGUCCGGUUUUGUAUGGUGCGUUAGCGCUUGGAAUAAAUUAAGAUACGAGAGAAGAUAAAAUGGACACCGUGACACAUGAAGAUGCAAGCAGAGAAGCAACAGAGAUGGUGCCUAGUUCACUAACUUCCUUGAAAAGACCCAAAAUGGAUUUUACAAACAACUACAUGUUUGAAGAGGAGCUGGACAUUUAUGAGCUACAGAAACAGCCCCAAAACACUAACUGCCCACUAUUAAAAUAUGCCAGAAGAGAGAGUGUGGUACUGACAUGCUCAACAGAACCUAGUGAGGUUCAAAAUGAAAAGUCGUGUGACAAACCACAAAAUGCUAUUUUAACAACCCCCUCUGCUUCUGAGGCCAUUGAUUUACAGGCAGACUGUGCAUGUAAAGUCUUUUGUAUCACUGCUGAGAGACCUUUGCUACACCCCGGGAAAGAGGAGCAGGAGUCAGUUACUAAAAGUGACAAACUCAGCUUAUAUUAUCAACAGGAUGCAGAUGAAGCAUUAGCAGAGUCUCACACAAACGAUACCAAUGCCGACACGUCCAUCCGUCCUGAUUGCAAUCGACAGGGGGAAGCUUCAGAAGACAAGCCUCUCGAUGGUUACAGCAUUCCCGCAAGAAUCAACAGAGAUGAGAGACAGGUGAACAUUAAUGUCAGUCAAAUUCAAGUAUUCAACCUUGGUUCAAGUGGUGAAGAGGUCAGAUUUCAGAGUGAUUGCACUCCUAAAAGUGCUCUACAUGAUGCAGGUGUCCAUGGAGCAUGGAGCCAAUUUGCUGAAGUUAAAGGAAGUAAUCAGAAACAGAAAAGAGUUGAUUUUAGCAGCAGAAGCUCUCCUUGCCUGCAGGAUGGGAGCACAUAUCACAUAUGUCCCAGUGAUUACACAGACAUUGAAUCAUUUUAUUCAAACCAUGGUGAGGAGCUGUCUGGCAAUUUGGUCAGCUGUACAACCACAAAUGGAGAAAUACCACAAGUGCAGAAUUGUGAUAAUAUAAAUGUUGUCUGGGACAGAAAUCCAAAUGGCAAAUUAAGCGAUGCUGUGAGCAAAGAGUCUGAUAAAACAACAAUUUUCCCUGAUGUGGAAUUCGCCUGUAACAUUGCAGCUGAAAAUGUGAAUGUUACAGUUUAUGACUUUAGUGCAUCAAAAGAAGAAAGCGCCGCUGGCAAGAUAACCACAGCUAUGAUUAAACGCACUGAUCACACUACAGAGACUUUAGUGCCUACAAGAAUCAGAGAGGAGCCCACUGAAGGACAUAAUUAUCCAGGCCCUUUCAGUGUAAUUGACCCUGAAGUCUGGAGUGAAGCUGACAUGGAUGGUAAAGAGGGUCGUAGCUCAGUGUUGAGAACUGCACCUAUAUCAGUAAAAGAAUGUCUUUAUGAAACUGAAAAGGUUUCAGUGGGCGACCAGCACAGUCAGUCUUAUUAUGAAAGUGAAUCAGAACAAUGCAAGGAGAACAACUUUAGUCACCUGGGGGCAAAACCACAGGCUAUUUCUGUGACCACUGAUAAAGCAUCUCUUACAUAUGAGACUGAAAACAGCCAUGUUAGACUGGACCACCAGAGAAAAUUAAUGGAAAAGAAAAAUCUUUCCAUUUGUGGUUCUGUAAGACAAAUUAAAACCGAGGAAUUUUGCAAUUUUGUAAUCAAAGCAAUGUCCGGAGAAGAAAAGGAACAGACUGAACACGAACUAAAGGUAAACGUGGGAUCAACUUCAGACUUCACAAAUGCCUGCAAAACAGGAGCCAUGUCUGAAAAUGAUAUUGACUUGACAAUUGAAGAAGAUGAGGAAAAAGUCAAAGAAAAGGAAGCAGAAGAAGCGAUGUUUGUCCAAGAAUGUAAAACUAAUGUACAAGAAAAUCCAGAGAUUUUGGUGAAAGCAGAGGAUCGUCCACUGGAAAGUAAACAAAGAGACACAACUGAACUGAACAAUUGCAAAUGCAUCUGUGAAUUGAAAGAGGGCAAUUGUAAGAUAAGCCCUGUUAGUCUACAACAAGAAAAUACGCGUGGUUGUCUCUCUGAUUUCACAAAACGAGCUCAGACAUUAAUGGCUGAAAGCCAUGACGAUUUUUCAGUCAUCGCUUUUGCUCCAGCAAGUGAUGCAGUUGUUCCGUGCCAGCCCAAUUUAAACCAUUCACAAAAUGGUAACGACCUCACAGCUCAUGACUGUAAUGACAGAUUCUCCACUGUGCCAUCUGUCUUCACUUUCUGUGACCGGAUGCCGGAGGGGUUUGACACUUUCGAAAAGAUCCAACUAUCACAAGAUUAUGAUGAUGAAGAAGAUGCUACCAGUCUGGGAGAAAAGCCUGUCUUCACCAGCUUGCUCGGGCAGCUGCUGAAAACAUCAGAAGGACAGCUUGUCCACUCCAUGCCAGGGACAGAGAGUAAUGAGUCUGAGGAGAUACCAGCAAAGGAGUUAGGGGGGAAAGAGGAUGUAACAAGAUUUGAGUGCCAUGCUGACAACGUGCCACACGCAUUGUUAAACAGUGAUUCCGCUUGUAAUGAGUUCCCAAACUUUACUUCAGCAGAGCAUAAUAAAGCCCCCGGAUAUCCAAAGCAACAGCUUUACAGUGACGCAGACCGUCAGUACAUCCGAGUCGAAGUAAACCCCUCAUCUACACCCUCCACUGUUGCUACUGAUUGUGAAAAUCUCUCUGAUGUCAGCUUCUCCCCUGAUUCUGAGAUGAAAAAAAAAUUUGACAGGGUCUUGAAAGAGCUGAAGUUGUUUUUCCAAAUCAGUAUGAAUGACUAUGUGAGUGACAGCAGUGGCUCUACCCCACAGCAGUGCAUUAACACGCUACAAACGUCGCCCUCCGAAGUUGAAGCCUCUGAGUGUGAUGGUUCCAACUGCAAAGAACAGCUAAGCGACCCAGAAUUGGUCCGCCAUGGAGACUCAUUUUCAGAUAAAGCUGAUGAAGACUCUGGAGCUGAUCCAGUGGUGUGUUGUACAGCUGGCAGCUGUCAUGGAGAACAGGAGGUGCCGCCUGAAAGCCACCUGUGCCAGGAAGCAAGGGAUGCUUCACAAAAACAGAAAGAGCCUGGGGAGACAGAGCAGAGAAGAAAAGCAUGGUGUCCAUCCUUUUUAUGUCCACUGUCAUUUGAGCAACUGAGCCACUCGGCGGCGGCAGCUGAGACGUUCAGAAGAUUGGAACCUUUGAAAACGUGCACAAGACCCAUUCGGGUUGGACUUUCAAAGAGGGCAAAGACCAGACACCUCCACCGUCCCCAUCCUUACGAUAAAACACCUGACACGUUCUCCAGCCGAGGUGUCUGUAGGGAUGCGGCAAAGCCUUUUUAAAGCGUAAGUUUUUAUAAAUUUUAUGGAUUUAGCAUAUUAAUAGGCCUGAAUUUCUAGUCAGGUUUAAAAUCGUAGUUGUUCAUAUGCUACUAUUUACAUGCACUUACAGUUUAUACAGCUAGAUUCUUUUUUUUCCAAAACACAUUUACCACCGUGUUCUGGUUUGUCACAUACAACUGGUACUUGUGUGUUUCCUCGUAGGUGUAAUGAUACUGUAUGCUACUUGUUUAUGUAAUGCGUGGGUGUAUUCAGUGAUGGUGGAAAGGGCCAAGUAUGUUCCUUGAGUGUAUCAUUCCAUGAGUUCACAUGUGGUGGAUGCAGCACAUCCUUCAACCGUUGCGUGGGAGGUUCGCUCGUGUUCAGUUACAAACGGCCUCUUUGACCUAAGAAAUAGACUGCGGCACUGCAUACUGACUGUGUUCUUCGUGCAUACAUUAAAAUAUUUGUUCGAAAACAGGAAAUAUGAAGAUCUGUUUGUGAGAAAUCACAUGCUACAUCUGAUUCAUCACAGCAAAAGCCCCCGUGGGCUGCACCAGCGG